AUGGCGACAACAAAAACAACCCCGUCCGGUAGUGUGCCUACAUCGGCCCAGGCCCAGAACACCCAAUAUCAGUGGGAGUCCAAGCCACAACACGUCCUUCCCAGCGCCUUGAAUGAGUCGGUUAUCGAUAGUAUGCUCGGAAAUAAUGUGCUCGAGACCGGCGGUGUGAUCCCGCAGGAGCAGGAGCAUCUAUGGGCCGUUAAGCCGCCCACUUCAAACGAGUUCCUCGUCCCAGGGAGCCCGAAAUUGAAUAAAGUCGAUGUAGUUCAUGGGCCAAGGGCCCGGACACCACCACCGCUGUUGUCCCACCAGCCGGUGUGCUUCAACUCGGAGGAGGAAGAGUACGGAUAUUACAUAGCCUCCGGAGACCAGUUAGAGCUUGAAGAUGGGUUUCUCUUGUCCCAGCUUGGCGACGGCCGAGACCCGUCUGUGACUCAACAAGCAACAAUGAGAUACUUGCCUGACCCGUACGGUGAGGAUAGUGACGAAAGGAAUAGGCUACAAAAUGGGGGAGAAACAUCGUUUGGAGGCUCACUGGAGUUUUUUUGCGCUUCAUUUCUCGAAAGUUGGGAUGUUGGGAUUCAGCAGACUGUUGAGACAAUUGGUUGUGACAGGGAAACAUCGGGACAGGCAUGGAGAUGA